UUCAAAGACGAUCCCGCGUUGAUAUCUGCAUCUCCCCUGCAACAAAAGCCGGAAACUAUCCAAACAAGACGAUACGAAACGCAGUAGGAGGUCUCGACUGACCACAUCCGCCAAAAAUGAGGCCUAUCCUGUUGGCGGGCCACGAACGUGCCUUGACCCAGAUCAAAUAUAACCGCGAAGGCGACCUUAUUUUCUCCGUCUCUAAGGAUCAGAUAAUCUGUGUAUGGUUCUCCCACAACGGCGAACGGCUCGGUACAUAUCGCGGCCACCAAGGUGCCAUCUGGACCAUUGAUGUCGACCCCACAAGCACCAUCCUCGCCUCAGGGUCUGCCGAUAACACAAUCCGUCUCUGGGAUGUCAAGACGGGGAAGUGUCUCAAGACGUGGGACUUCCCUACGGCUGUGAAGCGGGUCGAGUUCAACGAGGAUGGUACCAAGCUGCUGGGCGUGACGGAGAAGCGCAUGGGACACAUGGGCACGAUCGUUGUCUUGGAUAUCAAGGUCGACGUCGAGGCUGAGCAGAGCGACGAGAAGGCUUUAACGAUUGUGUGCGAGGAGAGCAAGGCGACGGUAGCUGGGUGGAGCUACCUCAGCAAGUACAUCAUCGCCGGCCACGAGGACGGCUCAGUGUCCCAAUAUGACGGCAAGACGGGCGACCUGAUCUUCAACAUCCCGAUCCACGAAUUGAACCAACAAAUCACCGACCUCCAGUGGUCUCAGGACCGGACCUACUUCAUCACAGCGUCAAAAGACAAGACCGCCAAGCUUGUCACCGCCAAAGACCUCGAAGUCCUCAAGACCUACGUCGCCGACACUCCGCUCAACAGCGCGGCGAUCACCGUCAAGAAGGACUUCGUCAUCCUCGGUGGUGGCCAGGCUGCCAUGGAUGUCACCACGACGUCGGCGAGGCAGGGCAAAUUCGAGGCCCGCUUCUACCACAAGAUCUUCGAGGACGAGAUCGGGCGUGUGCGCGGCCACUUCGGCCCGCUCAACACGGUGGCGGCUGACCCGACGGGCAAGGGAUACGCGAGCGGUGGUGAGGAUGGUUACGUGCGCGUGCACCACUUCGACAAGGGCUACUUUGACUUUAUGUACGAGGUGGAGAGGGAGAGGCAAAACAAGCUAGCGGCGGGCAAUGCUUGAUGCGCUUCAUACGGUGGAAUGAAGUUCUGGCGAUGAUGGUUCGGCAUUUACAAUGGCGUUCAGGGACACAAAUCUGGGGCGAGGGAUCACGGUGGAAGGGAUGAAAGGGGGGAAUUCCCUUUGGAAGUAAAAGAAAGGGUUCUUUUCGGGUUGUCAGUUCGUGUACCUCGGCGGCCCGUGUUCCUCAGCCGCGAUAUGGUUACCGCUACGUUGGCUUAUUUCAGCCGGUCGCCUGGUUGUGUGUCCAUGUGAUGCUCAAACUCGGCGGCGGGUAUGCGAAACAGCGGCUGACGGAGCAGC